UCAUCAUCGCGUUUGCGUUGACGUCGCACUGUUUGGUUUGUUUCGUUUCCCAAGAUGGCGAUGCACCUGUCUCCUCCGUGGUAAUCCUGCUUUCUCUGCGAUUGAAGUCAACAACCGCGGGGCAUCCGUGGCAACAAAUGACAGUAUAUCGUUAGUAGCGACGGAAGAAUAAAAAUCGCUUUUUGCCAAAAUGUCGACCGAGGAAUUGUCCACAUCGGACAGCGAAGGCGCGUCGGCCGGAGCCGGGGAGCGAUGGGCACCGGUCGGUGCUGUGGCCAGCCCCGAGGAGGAGAGUGGGGUCCGGGGCAGCGCUCAGCCCAGAACCCGGGGCUCAUCCUCCGCCUCCGUGGAGGAGACCGCCGCCAGGUUAAAGAAACUAGAAGCGGAGCAAGACCUCCUGAACUCCUCUCUCCUCGCUCUCACGUCCCACUUUGCACAGGUGCAAUUCAGACUGAAGCAAAUAGUUCACGCUCAGACCGACGAGAAGGAGAAGAUGUUGGUCGAGCUUGAGGAGUUCGCCUUCAAGGGGUGCCCCCAUGUCGUGGGGUGCAGGUCGCAGGAUGCGAAGCAUCUGGAGAACUCGAGCGAGAGGGAGAAGCGGGAACGCCUGGAGGCCCAGAGAGAGAAGCAGAAGGAUCUGAUCGUCCAGCUCAAGACCCAGCUAGACGAUCUGGAGCAGUUUGCGUAUCAGGAGGGCAGCUACGACUCACUGCCCCAGUCGGUGGUCAUGGAGAAACAAAAGGUGAUCAUCGACGAGCUGAUCAAGAAGCUGGACGUGAACCUGAACGAGGACGUGGGCAGCCUGACGGCCGAGGAGCUCCGGCAGCGGGUCGACGCGGCCAUCGCUCAGAUCGUCAACCCGGCCCGCGUCAAGGAGCAGCUGGUGGACCAGCUUAAGACCCAGAUCAGGGACCUGGAGAUGUUCAUCAACUUCAUCCAGGACGAGGUGGGGAACCCGCUCCUGUCCGACGGCGUCCAGAGCCAGCAGCCGCACGCCGCCGGCCCCGGGGCGACAGGAGCGAGGAAGAAAGUGGACCCCGCUCAGGCCCAGAGGAUGCGGGAGACGGGCCUGCAGCUGAUCCAGAAGGCCCUGGCCGUGCUGCAGAUCUUUGCCGUCAGCCAGUUCGGCUGCGCGCCGGGCCACGUCGCCCAGAACCUGUGGUCCUCCGGCGGGGCGGGCCAGGAAUACGGGCCCCUGCUGCAGCAACUGGAGGCCGCCGUGGACAAGGUGCGGCUGCAGGCGUCCCGCAAGCAGCCGUCCUUCGAGCACGUGGUGAACUACGGCAGCCACCCGGCGCCGGGGCCCCGGGACGAGCUGACGUCGUCGGUGAGGAAGGAGCUGUCGUCGGCCCUCAGGGACCUGCUGGCCCACGGCCUCUACGCGCCGUCGCAGGGCAUGAGCCUGGUGCUGGCCCCCAUCUCCUGCCUGCUGCCGCACCGGCCGGGGCCCCAGACCAUGCACCCCUGGGAGCUCUUCGUCGAGUACUACCGCUCCAAGGACGGCAAGGCCUUCGUGGAGUCGCCGGCGCGCCAGCUCUCGCAGUCCUUCAGCCUGCCGGUAGGGGGCGGCCCGGUGACGGUCACGCCCAAGCAGUCGCUGCUGUGGGCCGUCCACACGGUGCUGAAGGAGCACGGGCGCUACAAGCGCGGCGCCGACUCAGAGUUCAAGGCGCUGGUGUGCAUGGCGCUGAACGAGCAGCGGCUGGUGUCCUGGCUCAACCUGCUGUGCAAGUCGGGCGCGCUGGUGCACCCGCACUACCAGAGCUGGAGCUACAUGGCGCAGACGGGCUUCGAGGGGGCGCUGCGCAUCCUGGGCCGCAUCAGCCACCUCAAGUUCGACCUCCCCGUGGACCUGGCCGUGCGGCAGCUCAAGAACAUCAAGGACGCGUUCUGAGAUCGCCACGGCGACGGAGGAGGAGGAGGAGGAGGAGGAGGCGAAGGCCGCAUGUCCGCGCCAUUCAGACUCGUAGUUGUAUCGUGUUUCGGCUGGACCCCGCCAAAGUAGAGCCUUCCGUCCUGUAGCCUGUACUGCACACCCCCCCGACCUCCAGGCCGGGUCUGUGCAAACCCCCCCCCCC